UAGUAACUUCCUUAUAGGCUUGAUAACACUUCAUUGUGAGAGAGACACGCCGAGGAGAGCACACACACUCACAGCCUCACAGCUACACACACCCACAAGCUCUCUACCAGUGGCUGAACACUCAAACCAGGGAACCCGCCUCCUCAGACACAUUCAACACUUUCCACAAGCAGUGGGUGAUACAGUGGAAACCUGAAGACUGACAGUGGGAGGGAACAGAGGAUUCCCCAUCAAGACAAAAAGGAGGAGGUGGCAGCGCGGGACUGUCAUACCCACACAAACUGACGAGACUUCUCAAGGAGAUACACGUCUGACAAGAGAAGAGGAGCACCUUGACUUACUUAGUCAAUGAACUACUAGUCUAAGGGUUUUUUUAAGGGUUCAGUUCUGGAAGUCCACCUCUUUUAGGACUCUAUCAUGGACCGCCUGCAAAACAAGAUGAAGUUUUUCCUGAAGCUGGGCUACUCCCACUCAGACAUCCUGAGGGUCCUGCAGAGCCUUCAGCAUGAUGCCCCAACCAACGACAUCCUAGAGGAGCUCAUCAAGACCUGCCGGACCCCCACAGGCACAGCACAGCCUGGGCCAGAGAGAGUGACCAGCAGCCAGAGCAGCAGCCCAAAGCUCAUCCCACGAGGUUGCAGCUCCCCUCAGACACACAUCCAGAUGGACACACACAGCCAGCGACACACACAACUUGACACACAGACCUCCAGCCCUUUCAGGUCUGUGGUUAUCGAUGGGAGCAAUGUGGCUAUAAGCCACGGGAACAAGCAGGUGUUUUCCUGCCGGGGGAUCGAGCUCGCCGUCCAGUGGUUCUGGAACAAGGGGAUUCGUGACAUCACCGUAUUCGUGCCUCUGUGGAGGAAAGAACAGUCGAGACCAGAGGCUCCCAUCACAGAUCAGCACAUCCUCAGGCAGCUGGAGAACAGGAACAUCCUGGUGUACACGCCGUCUCGCUGCGUAAAUGGUAAACGGGUCGUGUGCUACGACGAUCGCUACAUCGUCAAGCUGGCCUACGACUCGAAUGGCAUCAUCGUGUCUAAUGACAACUACCGUGACCUGCAGGUGGAGAAGCCCCAGUGGAAGAAGUUCAUUGAGGAGCGGCUGCUGAUGUACUCUUUUGCUAACGACAAGUUUAUGCCACCUGAUGAUCCACUAGGAAGGAACGGACCAACAAUUGAAAACUUCCUCAGGAAGAAGCCCAUAGGACCAGAGACCAAGCAGCAACAUUGUCCUUAUGGGAAGAAGUGCACAUAUGGUGUAAAAUGCAAAUUUUACCACCCAGAGCGCUCCAACCAGCCUCUGAUGUCUGUAGCAGAUGAGCUCAGAGCGAAGAGUCAGCCAGGUUGUGAAACAGAGGACUUCCCUCCCUCUACACACUUCACACACACAAACUGCAACGCAACCACAGCGCUUCCUUCAGCAGCUUACCAGGACGAGCUAACUCGAGCCCUGUCUGGACUUGACCUCUACAGCGGCCCAUGUGAUAGACCCCCCUACCUGCAGAAGUCAAUGCUGAAUGCCAAAAGCUCAGAGUCCCGCCUCUAUCUCAGUGACUCCGCCCUCCAGACAUCGAUGGCCUUCAGCAGCGGAUACAUGUCGAGUAACGGGUUCGUGUCCGGCAGCGACGGCGAUUGCUUCUCAUCUGGUGGUGCUUUAAUGGAACAAAGACGUGCACACAGCCCUGAUCUAUACAAACGAGCGCAUCACCCAGGCCUGCACACACUUUCAAACUGCCAACACGCUCACUCAGAUUUAGGCUUAAACUACGCUCACACUCCGCAUUCACUGCACAGAUACCAGCCCCGCAGCUCCUGCAACAACACAGCAACCCCGCAUUUCAACGAACCCUUACCUUUCCAUAACGCACUGCUCAGGCAAGCUUCCCACCCCAGGCCGGCAGAGGUCAGCUGGGGUCACGGGCACGGCGAGGUCAGCAAUUUCGAGGCUACGGACAGAAGGAAAGACGUGAGGUCUCAGCUCAGUACCAUCUUCCCUCAGAGUACAGUGGACCAGGUUAUGAGCCUGUAUCCACACACACUGGACACAACUGAACUGGUCACACUGAUCCAGAAAUACAGGAAUAGCCACUUACUGUAAAGCCAAAAACUGUCAUUUUUUGUUUUUUGUUUUAUUAUUGUAGCAAUAUAAGCUUGCAUCAACGAAGUGGUAAAAAAUGUAAAUGCAGUCUAUCUAAUGUCUAUCUAAAUUUCAGCCUGAAACUAUCCGUGCACAUCUCUAUGGAUUGUCCGAUAGACACUCAUUGACAAAAUGCACCAACAAGAAAUGAAAUGUUGCAGAUAAAGAAAACUUUAUAUGUUUAAAUGUAAUGAUAGCAUAUGUGAUAUAUGCAGCUCUGGAAAAAAAUGAAGAGACCACUUCAGUUUCUGAAUCAGUUUCUCUGAUUUUGCUACUUAUAGGUUUAUGUUUGCGUAAAAUUAACAUUGUUUUUUUUUUGUUUUUUUUUUAUAAACUACAGACAUUUCUUCCCAAUUCCCAAUACAAAUAUCGUAAUUUAGAGCAUUAAUUUGCAGAAAAUGAAAAAUACCUAAAAUAACCAAAAAGAGCUUUCAAACCUUAAAUAAUGCAAAGAAAACAGGGUUUAUAUUCAGAAAUCAAUAUUUGGUGGAAUAACCUGGGUUUUUGAUCAUUUUUAUGCAUCUUGGCACGCUGUCCUCCACCAGGCUUACACACUGCUUUUGGAUAACUUUAUGCUUUACACUCCUGGUGCAAAGAUUCAAGCAGUUCAGCUUGGUUUGAUGGUUUGUGAUCAUCCAUCUUCCUCUUGAUUUUAUUCCAGAGGUUUUCAAUUAGGUAAAAUAAAAAAAAACUCCCUAAUGUUUUUACAGAGCUGUAUAUAAGUGUUGCAAGAGUGCAGAGCUAUUGAUUUCGUCAAAAGUGUAUAUAGCAAGCCUAACUGACCACAACAAUGGGAAUUAGAUCCUCCUUACAGGUUUAUUCACCAUUAAUGCACUUCUAUUGGCUUACUUCACCUACCUGGAAAAAUAACUGAUAAAGUUUUUUAUUGCUUACUGUUUACUGUUACAUUUCCUGUUAAUGCAAAUUCAUUUUAAGGAUAAGUUAGGGGAAAGCUUAACUUUUACAUUUACAGUUACAGCAUUUCUACUGAUUUUGGGCCAGUCUAGUGUUAGAAGUCAUGCCCAAGAACUCUUAUUGAUGUAGCACAGCAUUCAGUCUCCCAGACCUGGAAUUGAACCCCAGUCUCCCACAAGGUAGCUCACUGGCAGGAGGUGGUGUUAUCCACUGCACCUCACCAACCACCUUAACUUAAGAUGUUGUGAAUGUUUUAUGUUCAAUUGAUUAAUUUUUCAAUUAAUUACCUAAUGAUGUUAAAAGGGAUCACUUUGGCAGUCAGGAUCACUAUCUCUAUGGUCCCCACACUGAAUGUGCUUUUGGAGCAACAAACAGUACAGUUGCUCAGUUAAAAAAAAAAAAAAAAAAAAAAAAACAGCCAUAAUGUACAUUACAUAUUUUAAGUCUAUUUAAAUUAAGUUUUCUUCAAAGUAUGCAGUAGAUCUUAAGUAAAAUCCCUGUGUGUUUGCAGACACACAUACUAGUUUGAUUCUAGUGGGUCUGUUUUUGCUGUAGCACAAUAGCAAAUAUCUUAGUUAGUCUGUUUGCAUGUAUUUCAGAUUAGAGUUUAGAUUAGAGCCCAACCCGAGCUCAGGUCGGGCCAAGAUUUCCCACCAUUACUAAAGGGUCUGUCUACAUUAUGUAUGCUAUUUUAUUUUUUAUAUAUAUAUAUAAAGCUAUGGCGUGUUAAUUACAAUAUAACAAAGUAAUAGAUCACACUGUGAUUGUAAAAAAAUAUUUAGAAAGUUAAAAUCACGCGGCACUGGCUGUGACAGUUUAUGGAGCCAGUCGGGCUCAGACAGAACAUGCACAAGCUCGAUAAAGUUGAGCUGGAUUAUUUGGGUUUUAUCUUAAUUCGAAUUCAGAUGAAUAUUACCUGCUUUUAAAGUAUGUCGUCUUUAGUCAUGUAAAAUAAUAAUAAAAAAAACACUCCUUAUUAAUUAGCAUUACUUUGCUACUGAUUUUUUUUUAAAGCUAUGUGGAUCUUACAAUUCAAUGUAGCAUUUAUACAUUUUAGAUUUUAAAAGAGAAUUCUGUCUCAAUUAAAAAAUGUGGUCGAUUCUAUGAUCUGCCAUUAGUACCAGCAAUAAUCUUAGCAUCUGUGACGUAGAUAAACUGUGAUUAAUUUUCCAAUGAUUUUCAUCAUUGUUACUGUGUGAAUCGCAUGUGCGUAAUAAUGACUAUCCGUGAUGGUCACUAACUCCGCAAUAGUGAAGAAUAAUGAGACGUGAAUCUGCAAAUUGCUAUCUGCUCUGUGCUAGCUUUAAUCCAUAGUUAGCAAAGUUAGCAAAUCUCGUUUUUUUUCCUAAGUAAAUGUAUGAAAGAAGAUUUCUACUGAUUUUAAAUGUAUACUGACUGAGUUAAGUUUAAGAAGGGAGGUAAAGAGGGCGCAGAGUGGUCCAGUGGUCUAAUGCACUGCCAUUAUGAGCGGGAGGUCGCAGGUUCGAAUCCCAUUCAUGCAGCUUUGCCAUCAGCUGCCGGCGCCCAGAGGGAGCACAUUGGCCUUGCUCCCUCCGGGUGGGUAGAUGGCGCUCUUUUACCAUUACGCUCAAAUGUGGCUCGGGGUUGGCACGAGGCGUCUGUGAGCGGAUGUAUCGGAACCUAGUCGCUGCGCUUUCCUCCAAGUGCGCAAGCUGCUCAGGCAAUGAUGCAUCAUGCUAGGGCCGCAGGCACCACAAAGGGGUGGGACAAUUGCAUAGCAAAAUUGGGCGAAAAAACAAUAGAAGAAUCUGAAAUAAAUAAUAAAAAAAAGAAGGGAGGUAUAUAAAAACUGAAAAACUUUACAAUAAGGGUACAUUGGUUAAGAGUACCUAUGAGAAAAUGUAUCAGCUAAAUCUAAAUUGACAUGAGUUAAGAAAUUAUUAAUCAUUGAAUGUUUUAACUGAUAUCUUCAUUUAUUAUUGAGGUGCUCAAUUCACAUUCUCAAGCAUUUAAAUUUAGGUAAUGUUUCAUAAUGCCUGUUUAAAUAGUGUCAAUGAUUAAUAUGCUGAGACAUUAUAUAACCAGUAAACAAAUGUUUACUAGUUAUUUAUUACAAUGUUCAGUACAUAAGCACUGUUAGUUUAAGCACCCUUAUUGUAAAAUGGUACCAGAAAAAAGUCUAGGGCUGGUUUUUUUAGGGCUAAAGUACAGUUUGUAAAUCUGACGAUUUAACAUGGUUGUUUGGCACAAAUGAAAUAAAGAAGCAAAUAAAUAAUAGACUAAGCUUUUUCACACGUGUGUACAGAAGUAAGUCAACAGUGACUGAGAUAGAGGUUUAUCACAGCUGUUUGUGGUUUUACUUUGUAACCUCAAAUGAGGCCUGUAUUAGUGCUAGCCAAGCUGGUUUAGCUAGUAAAAGAAUGUAACUGUUAGAAAAAUCCUUUCUGCCUGUUUUCUUAAAGUACCUUAACAUUGUUCUGACUUCUGUUCUGUUCUGACAAUAAAAAUAUAUAUUUUUUACGAGA